AUGGAACCCGAAUUACUAUGCCUUAGAAAAAGGCUCACCAAUUCCGAUGUUCAACGUAACUUAGAGAUACCAAACGGGGCGCCUUUUCUGCCAGCCCGGAAUGAAGUCAUGCUUGUACGUGACAAGGAGGGAAACAUUUUUCAAUUUAGAGCUAAGGUGAGGCGAGGAGGUAGGCGUUCUCUGACAUACCAGUGGCGUCGUUUCGCAGUGGACAAGAGCCUUAAAGUCGGUGAAUAUCUCAGAAUUUCUCGCUCAGGGAAUGGAAAUGAAUAUGUCGUGGAGGUGGUAUGUGUUGAGUGGAUGAAAGGCGUGGAGGCAGAGGAGGAAGGGGUUGUGGUGGUGGAUGUGGUUUGA